CACCCACCAAGAAUUCACGAUUCACCAAGGCCAACUUCUAUGCAAGGUUACGCAACUUAACUACUACUAGACUGAACAAAAUGCCCGUUUUCAGCAAAAGCUGUACUAUCUUGAAGCAGCUUUGGAUUUUAGUGGGUUUCCUGAAAUUCAUCACUAGAUGGCGCUCGCGACCUGCUACACCCUGGCUAUACGUUCACUAUUUGCAACGUGGCUCGUUAAUAACAGAAAGUGUAUUUUAUUAAAAAGUAUUGGUGUUCACUAAUAAUAAUACAGGAUGGUAUAUUGUUGCGUGCCCUACUGCCGUUCAGACCACAGGAAAUCCAAAAAUGUGUCUUUCCAUGAAUUUCCAUGCGAGGAAACUGUGAAAGAAAGGUGGAUCAAGAAUAUACGUCGAAAAGAUUCAUCUGGUAAAUUGUGGAGACCUGCUGACAGAUCUGUUGUCUGUAGUAGACAUUUUGAGAAAUCUGCUUUCAAAGAAGGAUACAAAAAAAGGAUCUUAAAAAAGGACUCUACACCAACAGUAUUUGAGGAUUAUCCUAAGUGCAUUGUGCAGAGCUCACAGCCUCAGAGAGGACAGUUUAAAAAAAUGAAAUUGUCAGAAGAAAUAGGUAUUCAGAAAAAUGAUACUAACAAUUGUUAUAUUGUGAAAGAUUCACUUCAGAUGCUGGCUGAAGUUUGUAGUGCUGUCGAUAUGAGACAAAAGACCCAUUCUGGCAGUAAAAAUAUUUUAACCAAACAAGCGAGUAGAAAUAAAGUUUUAAAAACAGAUGAGUCUUUAACAUCAGAAAAAUUAGUUCCAUGUAAAUUUUCCUGUCUACCUGAUCGUGUAAAACUACUGCAAGAAUCACUGCGUGUAUAUAAAUUAAGAAUUAAAGCUAUAAAGCAAGAAAAUGAAGUUAUGAGAAAAUUAAUUUUAAAAAGUACAGUUGGUGGUAAUUAAAAUGUAAUGAUGAGAGCUAUAAGAUAAAAGCAGUUUAAUUGGAAUAGUUAAUAACUUUCGUGAAAGAAAAGUACUUAAAUGAUUGGAUAUUAUACUUAGCCACAAAUUAAGGAUUCCUGGAUAAUGCUCAGAAUGAAUUAAUUUAUUAUUCCCCUAUACAGAGUGGUAUAACUGGAACUCUUGGGCCUCUGUUCAAAAAAGGUUUCUGCCUCUGCUUCCCAAAUUAUUAUGCUCCGAAAAAUUCAAGGGUACUGGCAGCGAACUUUUCGAUUAAUGAUGGCCAAAUGAACGGUUUUGUGGCAUAAGCAUAUUUUUGAGCAUCAAAAGUAGCAUCAAGUAGACACAAACAGAAUCUUUUAGCUAGAAAAAUUAUGAAGCAGCCAUUUUGUAAUAUUCAUAUUCAUUUCCUAAUCAAUUUUUUUUUUAAAUCCUCACAAAAUAAAAAUUUACAUACAAGAAAUAUUUGUUGCAAGCCUCAUAUAUGAGCUAUCAUUUGAAAAAAAAAAAUGUACUGUAAUGUCUUGAAUCAUGCUUUUUAUACUCUCAGAUAAAUAUCUCAUGCAAAAAUAUUCACAUAAUGUUUACUUAUGAUGGAAAGCAUUAUAAUGAAAUCAUAUUUUUUAAAAAUAGCAUCAUAGAAAGUUUUUCUUCCACCCCCUAUCACAGCUCUGUUAAUAUUUGUUUCAUGUAGCAUAACUGUUUUAUACCUUGAAUUUUCGGAAAUUAAUUCUCAAGUAGUAAAUCUGUUAUAACUGCUUAGAUUAAAAUUGUUUGAAAAUUGU